CUUGAUUUUUCUUGCUCUUGGACUGCACUUCAGAAUCUCUGCCUCGCAAUCCUCUCGUCUCGCCACAUCAUUCUGUCAUACCGCUGCAUCCUCUCACCAUCUUCUCCCUCCUUCAUCUCCAUCUCCAACGUCAACGGUGUCUUCUUCCUCUAUUCUCUCUCAGAGCUUCCCAAGCCCCGACUCCUCUUUUCUCGCAAAGGAUUACCAUCAUGAACUGGAUGGGAGGCAACCUCGCUCGGCAUCGUCGAGGAAAGGGCCGGAAAGAGGACUUGGCAAACCAGAAGCAAUAUUUCGCAAAGGCCCGCUCCUGGCAGCGUGAGCAAGCAAAGACCAACCCUGUGGUCCUAUCUGCCGCCAAUUUUAUUCCCAAUUAUUUCGCCGCAUCGAACGCAGGUUCAAGGGUGGCCAGAUCAAGCUCUCCCCCUUCGCUACCAGUGCCUUUGGAGACUUCGGGAAAUCGAGAAUCUUCGGCUAACCUGGCCAAUCCAUCGCAAAACAUGCAAGACAAUGCUGCUCAACAGCCGCUACGUGUUGUGCCACUGAGCCAGACGAGCCGGUCAGCCGUGUUCAAUAAUCAGUCGACAAAAGACCAUCUAGUAGACACCUCUGGCCCAGAGGCCGACCGGCGGAGACUUCUGAAAGAAGAAGAUUUCAUGCAAAGUAAACUACCGAAACCUUCAAUGGUAAAGCCCACGCAGAAAAGAGGCCAUUCAACCGCUGCUAGGCAAGUUGUUGGGCAGCAGCGGCAGCGGCAGUCUGCAAAUCCCACUAGCCAUCGCGAAAUUCAGCCAAAGGUUGGUGGCCAGAGAGGUAAUAGAAAGAGGAAACUGACCAAGAUCACAUCUCCGCCCGUUGAUACAACAAUCAGGAUACGAGUUGGAAGUAAAAGUUAUCAAUGGAGCGAAGCAGGACAUUCCAUCCGAGACCCUACGUAUAAUAGCUCAUCACCAAGCCCAAGUGCAGAUGAAUCUCGGUGCAUCGCAAGCACUACAGGCACUACUUCAUACGUCAUUGACGAGUCUUUUACAGGGCUCUCGUCAUCUACCAUCAGCCCAUCACCAUGGCUUUCUCCUGGAAGCAGCCGGCCUGCAUAUCGCCGCAAGUUCUCCGAUCCGAUCAGGCACCUUGAUAGGGCAGGAUCGGCAAAAUCUCAAUGCCCGACGACAGCUUAUACCGACGCGCUAUCACUGCAAGCAAGACCGCCAACGAUGAGCGCGAUUAGUUCCGUUAGCAGCAUGGCCGUAGAGGUUGGCAAUGACCAAGAAUCUCCAAGAAUCGGCAUCGAUGAAGAAGAUAUUUGGAGGGCGUGGCUGAACCGAGACAUGCCCGAGCUCCAGGUGCCCAAAAGACAACAGGAUAUAACUGCCGAUAUUGGCAGACCUCGUCCAACACCCGUGCCUCAGGGACUGGCAAUUGCUACGCUGCGAAAGCGCCCUCCAAGAACCUAG